CGCAGCCGCAAAACCCUCGCUGAGUCGUCGCCCUGAUCGCUCGUCAAAUCUCUUCUUCGAUCGCCGGCGGGCGGCACCAUAGGCGACACUGCAGCAGGAACCAGAUAGUUGAGAAGAAACAUAGGGAACUAAUAAAUAGCAUGGCGACCACCAAUGAGUUAUCGAUGAAGCUCCUGAUCGACACCAAGUCUCAGAAGGUGUGCUUUGCCGAGGCCGGCAGCGACGUCGUGGAGUUCCUCUCCGGCCUCCUCUCCCUGCCGCUGGGCACCGUGACCACCCUGCUCACCAAAGAGCGCAUGGUGGGCAGCAUCGGCAACGUGGUCGGCAGCAUGGAGAAGCUGGACGCAAACUACAAGAGCAAGGAGCUGCGCCUCAGCCCGGAAGUUGGCCCUGCCAUGCUCUCCCGCCUGCAGCAGCUGCUGAGCGCGCAGCUCACCAACGGCGAUGUCACACACCGUAACACUAGAAACUCGUACAAUGAGCAUAGCAGUGAAUACGCGGCCGCGAUGCUCGCCCCCGCCAGAGCCUACGGGAACGUGGCUCCCGCCGCAGCAGCCACGACCACGGUGCUGCCUGCAUCCACAUACACGGUCCGGGACGACCUCUCGGUGACGCCGGCGUCUUUUUUCACGAUGAUCCCUAUGCUGGGCAUCACGCGGUUUGCACAGUGCGGCGUCAAGGACUUCAGCGUGAUGCAGGAGAAGACAGUGAAGAUCGGCAAGGAAGAGGCGCUGGGAAUACUCGCUACUUCCCUCAAGUCGAAGACCGUCCUGACUGACGUCUUCCUGCUGAAGAAGAAUGCUCGCUGCAAGAGAGAACCUCCUGAGGAAGUCAUUCAGUUAUGAACGAGUCCACAAACUUAUUGAUAGUGUUACGAGAGAAAGGAGAUAGAUUUCCAUAUGACUUUGUAUUGUUAUUAGUAGUACUUGCUUGUUUAGCCGUGAUGCUUCUUUGGUUUCUGUUGUGAUUCUGCCAAAGUGCAUAUGAAUUAAUACAGGGACAUUU